UGACCCUUUUGGGCUUGCUGGUGACGUCACAUGAGGGCGACACUCAUCGUUGUCAGUGAGCAACACACAAAAUGGCAUCUUACUGUUUGGCUGUCGCCAGAGUCCGGGUGGCCCUAGGAACUGGAGCAAGACGGUUUCAUGUCUGUGCUGCUUUCAGUGCCAAAGUGGCCAUGAGCCGCUUUGAGCCCAGCUCCAGUGUUAAUUAUGAGAAGAUGCAUGAGAACAUCAACAUCGUACGCAAGAGGCUCAACAGGCCUCUCACUCUGUCAGAGAAGAUCGUAUACGGUCACCUGGACGAUCCAGCGGGGCAGGAGAUCGAACGCGGCCGCACUUAUCUGCGCCUGCGUCCGGACCGCGUGGCGAUGCAGGACGCCACAGCUCAGAUGGCAAUGCUUCAGUUCAUCAGCAGCGGUCUGCCCAAGGUGGCCGUUCCCUCCACCAUCCACUGUGAUCACCUGAUCGAGGCUCAGAUCGGAGCGGCUCAGGACCUGCAGAGGGCAAAGGACGUGAACCAGGAAGUUUACAACUUUCUUGCAACUGCUGCAGCAAAAUAUGGGGUUGGAUUCUGGAAACCAGGCUCAGGGAUCAUCCAUCAGAUCAUCCUGGAGAAUUACGCUUUUCCUGGAGCGAUGGUGAUUGGUACAGACUCCCACACGCCCAAUGGUGGUGGUCUGGGUUCCAUCAGUAUUGGAGUGGGUGGAGCUGACGCUGUGGAUGUCAUGGCUGGAAUCCCAUGGGAACUCAAGUGCCCCAAAGUGAUAGGAGUGAGGCUGACGGGAACCCUGUCUGGCUGGACCUCUCCGAAAGACGUCAUCCUGAAGGUAGCUGGCAUCCUGACGGUUAAAGGUGGCACGGGGGCCAUUGUGGAGUAUCAUGGACCUGGAGUUGACUCAGUCUCCUGCACUGGAAUGGCCACUAUCUGUAAUAUGGGUGCUGAGAUUGGAGCCACUACAUCUCUUUUCCCCUACAACCACCGUAUGAAGACAUACUUGGAGAAAACGGGCCGUAGAGAGAUUGCUGCUUUGGCGGAUCAGUUCAAAGAUGACUUGGUCCCAGAUAAAGGCUGUGAAUACGACCAACUCAUUGAGAUCAACCUGAGCGAGCUGAAGCCCCACAUCAACGGACCGUUCACGCCUGACCUGGCUCACCCUGUGUCCGACAUCGGAGCUAUAGCGAAAAAGAGCGGCUGGCCCCUAGAGGUUAAAGUUGGUCUGAUCGGCAGCUGCACCAACUCAAGCUACGAGGACAUGGGCAGAGCAGCCUCUCUGGCCAAGCAGGCUCUGGAUAAAGGUUUGAAGUGCAAAGCCCAGUUCACAGUCACGCCUGGUUCUGAACAAAUCCGUGCCACUAUCGAGAGGGAUGGAUAUACCAAGAUUCUGAGUGAUGUCGGAGGAGUUGUACUCGCCAAUGCUUGUGGGCCCUGCAUCGGACAGUGGGACAGGAAGGAUGUGAAAAAAGGAGAAAAGAACACAAUCGUCACGUCUUACAACAGGAACUUCACUGCCAGGAAUGAUGCUAACCCAGCCACUCAUGCUUUUGUCACCUCUCCUGAGAUUGUCACUGCCUUGGCCCUUGCCGGGACUCUCAACUUCAACCCUGAGACUGACUACCUGACUGCUCCCAAUGGAGAGAAGUUCAAGCUAGAACCCCCCACCGGUGACGAGCUGCCCUCCAGAGACUUUGACCCAGGGCAGGACACCUACCAGCACCCCCCUGCUGACAACAGCUCAGUGAAGGUUGAUGUAAACCCCUCAAGUAACCGUCUGCAGCUGCUAGAGCCUUUCGACAAGUGGCAUGGAAAAGACCUGGAGGACUUGAGGGUUCUUAUCAAGGUAAAGGGGAAGUGCACCACUGACCACAUCAGUGCCGCUGGGCCCUGGCUGAAGUUCCGCGGUCACCUGGACAACAUCUCCAACAACCUGCUGAUCGGUGCCGUCAACAUCGAGAACGACGCAGUCAACAAGGUCAAGAACCAGCUGACUGGAGAGUAUGGAGGCGUGCCAGAUGUGGCCCGUCACUACAAGGCCAACGGAGUGAACUGGCUGGUGGUUGGAGAUGAGAACUACGGAGAAGGAUCCAGCAGAGAACAUGCUGCCCUGGAGCCUCGACACCUGGGAGGAAGAGUGAUCAUCGUCAAGAGCUUUGCCAGAAUCCACGAGACUAAUCUGAAGAAGCAGGGCCUGCUGCCCCUAACUUUCUCUGAGCCCAGUGACUACGACAAAAUUCGCCCUGAUGACAAGAUUUCAAUCACUGGCCUGAAAUCCCUUUCUCCUGGCAAGCCCCUGACGGCGGUAAUCAAACACAGCGACGGCAGCCAGGACCGCAUCUCUUUAAACCACACCUUCAACGAGACGCAGAUCAAGUGGUUCCAGGCUGGCUCCGCCCUCAACAGGAUGAAGGAGCUCCAGUAGAUGAUGAAGAGGAGGGUGGCGAGGCCUGCGCAGGUUAUUGAAGGGCCUGGAUGUGGGUUGAGGGGAGGAACGCAGACCCGGAGAGGGGCUUUACAAAGAGGGACAGACAAUGCAAACAGUAGAGGGUAACCAGAUUUUAUUUUGGGAUGAUUGCAGUCAUGCUUGGGUAAAGAACAAACAUUCACUUUCAUAGACACACAGAGGACAUGUCUCUGCUGUAAGCCCUUUGGUUCAUACUGGCAGCACUCCUCAGUUUAGAGUAAGUUAUUUAUUAAGCUUGUUGUUAAUUGCAGCAUUGAGUUGACUCUUUCAUCGCUGCUUUAUUAUUUUUGUGCCAUGCUAGUAUCACUACUGCAUUCCUCUGAAGCUUUUCUGUUUCGCCAAAAAGAAGCAGAAUUGACUUAAAAGCGUUAUGCAUUAUUACCUGUACUGUAACCCAGCGAUGAUGAUCAGAUCUAGAAGCAUACAAACCUGAGUAACGGUCAGUAUCAAUACAGUUGGAUACCUAAUGUUAUCAAAAAUACUUGAAACACGAGUAAAGGUUUAGAGCUUUAAAGCCCUGGUCGGCAGAAAUCUGUAACAGGGAAAAAGGAAGAGGAAUCUAAAACAGUUUUUUCCCCUGUCUUCUUUUCAAAGCCACUCCCACAACUUUAUGUACUUGAGGUCAACAUUUGUUUGUGGCAUUUUAAACACAAUCUCGUUACCAAAAUCACUCCUAACUCAUUGCCCAUCAAAUUCAGCUUUCACUAUGAACUUUACCGUUUUUACCACCACAUCUGCUAGGCUAGGUUUUAUAAAGUAUAAAAAUAGGAGGUACAGAAGUCUAGUUUCCUCUCAGACCACCUGAGUUACAACGUGCUGGAAAGUUAGAUUUUUUUUUUUUUUACAUCUUUACAAAAAAUGCUGCCUACUCCUGCUUUAAUAUAUCAAAAUCACUCCAAAACUAGACAAUUCUUCCCUCUCAAUAUAUAAUUUUUCAUGGUUGUCAGUAUUUUCCAUUGAAAGCUCAAAAAAAUCUGAGUUGUUUGACUUGCAUUCAUGUAUCUGCCCUUACUUUGCAGGUGAGAGGUUGCUCAAACAUCUACCGGCCCUUUUAGCCUUUCUGUUUACCUCACAAUGCAGGAUCUGACAGCUUCAAUUGUGACAUUAACUCCAAAACAGAUAGCUGCUAACCUGGCAAUAGCCAGAUUAAUAAUUGUGUAGUACUUGAUAGUACUCCACAAUAUCAAUCUGGGACCGCUCCAUGUAAAUCUGUUCGGAGGAAAGGGGCACGGAUUGGACAAUGCAACAGUAUGUCCCGCCUCUGACAGGUUUGUUUAUAGCCAAUCGCGGGAUCUUCACAACGAGCGGAGCCAAUUGGUAGAUUAAACUCUUACCAAAACCUGUUGUUAAAAAAGCACAAACAUCUUUACCAUCCAUAAAUGCGCAAAGAGCCUCUCAUUGUUCUUCAAAGAAGCGAUACGAGAUUUGGCUAAAACUGACUUAAUAGCAGCAUCUACACGAUCGUUGUCCUCCGUUGCCAUGUUUGUUUUGAUCUACUGGCGCUUGGUGUCAUCUAGAGUGCUGUCGUCUUCACACCCGGAUAUCCCGCCCCGCACACGAAUACUGCUGCGUGAUUGGCCCGUGCCAACUUGGCUCUGUCCGAACAGUGAAAGCGGGAGCGGUACAAGAUGCUUUCUUGAGAGAUUUGUGAACUCACAAAUAUCACGAGAAAUCAACUUGCUGGCAAGGUUAGAUAGCUGCUGUUUGUUUCCAGUUUUAUGAACACACAAAAAAUGGAACAAUGGAGGUUUGUUAUAUUUACCAAUAUGAUGAAUUUUGUGUUGAUUGCAACUUUAGAGAAGAAAGGCUGCUGCAACUCGAGGACCUAGAGAAAGCGGACAAACGGGGGGGCUUGUUGUCCACCCUGAAAUUAACCAACCUGUAUCGAGCGCCACAUUUUGGGCCUCUAACUGCCCCAAACGGUUGAAAAUGACUCUUUAUCUCCAACCCUUCAAUCUGAAGAGUCCCUAAAGUAUAUCUUACACAUUGAAUUAAUGUAUGGAGGUGUCCUUUACUGCUUUCUGAUGCCAUUCUUGACUUAAACAGUCAUUGGUGAUUUGGACUCCCAGGCUCACUUAUUACUGUAACCACUGCUGAUAAAAUCCUGUGAAGCACGUCUCUCACUCGCUGUAAGUUAAAGCAUUCAUGCUGCUGCUGUUGUACUUGUGCACACUCCCUGCUGCUCAUCUAAUGCUCACAUGUAAGGCUUGUCUUUUUGCAUGACAUAGCACCAUUGUGUAAACACUGUUCUAUACGGUUCAGGCUGAGACCAAAAGCAGAACUAUGAUGUUAACCUUUCCGUCUGUGUUUUGUCCUCUGUGUGAGAUGCAUGAUUGUUUCUAUCAGGUUACCCUGCGUUUGCAUUUGUUUGUCCUUCUUUGCUCACUCUCCUCUACUUUGUAUUGAGCAGAUUAACUUAAAUCUGUUAUCUGAUGAAUGGGUUUUAAUCUGAAUUGUGUUGCUGGACAGUAAAUCAGUACUUCGCAAGAUGUUUGUCUAUUUUAGGGUCGUACGCUAACCCGAUAAAUCGUCUGUACCCAUAGGAAAAUGCAGUAAAACUGUAGAACGGCAGUGAUUACGCUGUGUACAGAGAACACUCCACUCUUGUCAUAUGUCUUUUUUGUUGAGUCUUCUAGUAACUUUAGACUAGCCAGCCGUCCAGUUGAGAUGUCCUGUUUUGUUUUGUCUUUACGUACCAGUUUUUAGUCUUCACUAUCAUCUGCCAGCGUGUGAAAUUCCCCCGUGUAGCUGUAAUAGGAGAUGAGUCUGUGUUUAUCUUAAAACUGAAUGUUUUUUCAGGUUGAGGUUUGGUCCUCCAUAGCAUGGAAAGGCCUGCUGUCUUCUUGAGCAAAAUAACGCACAAUCUAGUGUCCAGAUGCCUGUACACUAGCACUUUGUAGAGUUAGGAACGUAGUUUUAGGUGUCAUUUGACAUGUGUUGAUAUUCCCCAACAGACAUUUCACUCUGAGCGUACAUGCGGUUCUUUGUUUGUGGGCGGUGGGAAGACUUGGAUUGAUUCUUGGUGGGUGCGGUUUUUGGGUUUAGGGAUGUUGGAAGUGAUUUCUGCUAUUGGACCUCUGUUCCGUUCUCUCUGUUAUGCAGAAAGUCUAUAGACCCACUCCUUUUUCAUUUUGCUCUUGCACAAAUGUUUUAACAAGACAAACCCCUGAACCACGGAGUUUGGAUGUGGCUGGGAUGAUGUGAUGUAGAGCUACACUAUGACCAGAGGUGGAUACACAAGAAAUGGUAAUAUAUGCUUUUAAACAUCUAACACGAAUACAAACUACAUGUAUAUUAGUGGUGGGACUUUUGGUUAAAAAAAGAUAAAAAGUACAGGCUUCGUAAUGAAUUAAUUGCAAUUAAUCACAUUGUCAAAUAAUAUUUGGCACAAUAAGCAAAGUUUAUCAGUUCAAAUAAAUUUUGGUUGACGACUGAAUCGAUGAAUAGACAUGCAUGAACUUAAGCACAAAUGUUCGUUUCAUUUCUAUUUGUCUACAUUUUUCAUCUGUCUACUGCAUUCAGACUACAAACUCAACGUGCAACUAUAGUGAUUAUAUUCAACAUUUAAAGACUUUCUGUAAACUCAAGCACUUUCAGUGUCUUUAAAAGUGGUCUAUUAUGGGAUGGCUGCACCGUUAGCAGGACUGUCGUAGCUAACGUGUCCACAGCAUCGUCAAUUUCUCACAUCCCAUUCGUUGUCUGGUUGCAUUGCGGCGCGUUUCAAAUUGCGUUCCGAGGCGUAUCCCCAGAGAUUGUCUGCAUAAAGUAGACUUGACUUCUACUUGAUGCAAAUAUUCAUUAAACAUCUAAACUAGCCGUCAUUGAACUAAAACAAGGACAGAUUCUGUAGCUUAUUUCUCUUCUCAAAUGCUUUCAGAAAUACCUUUUGCUGAAGUGUUCUAAUAAAAGUGGUCCUGUGUAUCUUCUUCGUGACUGUAAACAGACUUUAGGUUCAUUACCGCCACCUACUGGACUGGAGUGUACAGUGUUAUGGUGUGCCAGAAAUGAGGGAACUGAUAAAGGUGUGAUUAAAUGCGUUGGGUUUUUUUUUCUGUAAUUAACGCGUUAGUCUCAGCCAUAAUAAAUAUAUAUAAACUGACAUGCUGUAUGUUGCCUGUCUAAUUGAGAGGUGGUUGUGAUAUUUUAUACCAGAGUGUCUCAUCUGUGUUUAAAAUGGUCCUAUCAGUUUCAGAAAGGAGCUGACAUGGACUGAGGGUUAGAAUGUGGUACAGACUUUGCACUGUAGCUGUCGGUUACUGCAGGGCUUUGACUGUGAAAACGAACCCAUUUUUAAAAGGAUGACUUUGAAAGGCUUUUGUAAUUUUCUAAAUUGCAGCAGCAAUUUUUGUCACAAAUGAUUUGAUGUUGCUGCUAUGCUAUUCACUUUGAUGGUUAAAAAAAAAAGAAGCCAGAUUUACAGCCAAAGAUGCCUAAUGAAAGCACCGAGAUAAGAAAUGAUCUUAAAAUGUUUUACUUUCCAUCAUCUGUUGUCUUCAGACAUUUCAUAAACGUUGCUAUGACCUGAAUUAUUUGUUUUCUCCAGAAUUCUCCCACGAUCGGUGUUCUUUCAAAAACCUAAUGAAAAUGGUUGACUAAUUUGAUCAUCCUCUUCUCUUGUCUUAUGCAAAUUUCAGCCAUUUGUGAAGCUUUUACUGUGAUGUGUGAAAAAAUGUGUAUUCAGUUCAAGCCUCUGGGUUUGAAAGUGCUACUGUGAUGAGACAAAUCACUGAUCAAAUGAUGUUAAUGAAAGCAAAGGUUAAUGGUGUCAUUUUGGACUCAGGUGUUUGGUCAGACUCCUGCUGAUUUGUUUGUUCUUCAACUUGCCUCGUUUGUUCAGAUGCAGUAAAUAAAAUGGAAUAUGAACAGAUGUUAUUUCAUAGCAGUGAUUAUCCUCACACUCCUGUUUUAGAAACUUAAUUUUGCAGUUUCAUAGCUUACAAAAUUUCAAAAAUCUCCAUAUUUACAUUAUAAAUGGUGAAAUAAAAAGGAUCAAGUCCUAAA